AUGGACAGUGUCAAGGAUGCUCUCAAAAAGGCCGCUUCCUUUCGACUCUCUCCAAGAGCCAAAGAACAUGCCAUGAAAGACACGACAUUCGUUGAUGGCCUGCGAGGAAUCGCUGCCGUCCUGGUGGUUUCGUCACAUAUUGUUCUUUGUUAUGCUCGAGAGCUGAUCCCGCCAUGCUGCGCUCCAAACAGUGAGACUCCGUAUUUGUUCCAGAGACCCAUCUUCCGCCUGGUCGCCAGCGGUCACUCAUGGGUUGCCGUCUUUUUCAUCCUGAUGGGCUUCGUCAAUGCGUUGAAACCUAUUCAACUGGCCAGGGCCGGCCAGAUUGAGAAGGCUCUAACCAAACUGGCUUCGUCGUCCUUCAGUCGGAUAUUCCGCCUGGUACUUCCCGCAACGGCUGCCACGAUCAUUAGUUGGUUCAUCUGCAACAUCGACCUGUACCGGAUCUCCAGUUCGAGCGAUGCAUUUUGGUUAAAGAGCAAUACUCCCGGUGCCAGUCCUAGCUGGACCCAAGCCCUUCGGGACCUCCUUGCCGGCCUGAAAGCUACCUGGGUUUUUGGAGACGAGAAUCCGUAUGAUCAACCACAAUGGGCCCUAGUCUAUCUUCUUCAGGGCAGCGUCAUGAUCAUCAGCGCUUUAACCCUUGUCAUAUCCAUGAUACCGCUCUGGCGGACCGUGACACUAUUCAUUCUAGCAUUCUGGUCUCUGAAUUGGAGCUGGACGAUCGGUGACCCUUGGACUGGCCUCUGUUGCUUUUUGGGCGUUGCUCUGGGCGAACUCAGUCUCUCAGACUUCCCCAAUGCUGUCGCCAGUGUCUCGCCAUACUUAUCCCCUCCAAUUAUCCUGAUCUCCCUCGUCAUGAUGUCCUAUCCAAGCUCCUUCUCCGACCGCGCUUCAUGGUCCAAGUGGUUUCAUGAGUUUGGCAUCCGUUUCCUCCCUGUCGACUACACCGCCUCCUUAGACCGCAUGUACGGUUCUCUAGGCGGACUGUUGCUCAUGGUGGGCAUCCUCAUCUCUCCCCACGCUCGCUGGGCCCUUAGUUCUCGACCACUUAUCUGGCUUGGAAAAGUUAGUUUUGCAAUCUACCUGCUGCACGGGAUGAUUGUACGCACUAUCUUUGCAUGGAUCCUACACUUUGGCCAUCCUAAGGAACUUAUUCCAGAGUCCACCCAAAACGGAGCCGAAUAUCAUGUUGAGCGAUAUCCCGUUCCCGGAUUUUCCCAGCGUGCGUUCGCGACGAUUAUUCUGGCGCUCUGUGUCGGUGCAGCCAGCCAUGAAUGGACCAUGAAAAUGGAGCCGCUGUUUGCCAAAAUCACCACUAAGCUGGAGGGUCUUGUAACAGGGAAAUUUUACAUCGAACUCAAGUCCAAAGAGACACGAACACCCGGGGUAUCACAAAGUUCACGGAUUGCAAAGGCAUCGGCGAUUGGGAAGAGGUCAAUAUCUCAAAACGAAGACCGAACGGGCAUAUAUGCGCCAAUUUUCAUCGUGGUCGGCGACCUACCACGGUUUGCGAGGAAUCUCUCGAAUUCUCAACAGAUCCAGAAACGGGCCGUCAAGGUGAACUCGUCGCAACAAAGACGUAGAAGCCUACGCCUCCAAACCGCCAAUCAUAUCCAGACACGCCCAAGUCCGCCCAGCAGCGAGGCUCGGGUUGAGUACUGGACGAACAACGGAACCUGGCCGACAGAAGGACAGGAGAAGACAAUGGAUCGGUUUCGAGACAUCGUUAAUCACGCGCUCGCAAGAAAACGAUCGGGCUCCCUUAGCCGCAAACGCUCAAACACCAGCAGCCAACAACCACGGGAUCAGAAGAGUUCCCCGUAUAGACAUCCACUGUUUGAAGAUCAAUUGAAGGAGUGUGGCAGCUUUAUGGACGAUUACGAAGGAGGCAUUACUGCGCAAAGCGAAGAGCUUUGCCAAACGCUCCUGAAAGCACCACAGCCAUCACCUGAACAUACCCUUUUCUCCGACAACAAUCUGUUCAAGAAGACGUGCAAAAUAACGAGGGGCGAGGACGGGACCAAGGUGGGAGCCAGCCAUCUAGAAAUUCUCCGAGAGAAUACCAACGUAUGCUGGGUCCACGCCAUCCCUUUUAUUAAACCUCCGGAUUCUCGCCCUGCUCCUCCCACGUAUAAUAUGUUCUUCCAUUGCUCACCAGCGAAGUCAAAUGCGAAGCAACUGGGACUUGACAUUGCUGAUCGACGGAAUGCUCACAGUCAAUCCGUCAUAUUACGUGACCUGACCCCACUCUUCCGCCUUGCAGGCUGGGAGGAUGAGCUGCAUCAGGAAAUCAAUGGCUUUUGUCCAGAACGUCUACGAUUUGUGGCUUCAAAAGAAUCUGCUCUGUCAUCGACUCGUUACCCGCUAAAUUUGAAUUUCGACGUCUCCAAUCAGUCCGAACCUCGAUUUCGAGAUCAGAAAAUGGCUUCACCACGCUCAGGACCAUCCCAGUGA